AUGAACUAUGGUUUCUCGCUUUGUCCUUCUCUACUCGACCUGGGCGGUGAUGGUCACAGCGCAGAUUUCAUUGUCGCCGCCCCUGAAUUCUCUGCCGGGAUGCGCACCACGCAGAAUGUCACCCUUGUCUCCUGCGGUGUUCCAGUGCGAGAUCGAUCCUCGAACCUCACGACCAUUUCUGCCGCCCUGUUCGCCUUGACUGUCAUAUUCGUCCUCGUCCGCUUCGCCUUUAAGGUCUUCGCGAAGCUCAACUUCGGUAUGGACGACUGGUUACUCCUGUUAACCUUUAUCACCACGAUCCCCUCGAGCGUCUUGUUCAUCGUUGGCCUCCGACCCAACGGCCUAGGCAAGGACGUCUGGACCCUGACCGCCGCCCAGAUCACGGGCUUCCUCAAGUACUGGUACAUUUUGGCUAUAGUCUAUUUUCUGCAGACGACUUUGGUCAAAAUCACCUUUGUCACCUUUUAUAUGCGCAUAUUUACCACCCGCAACACCAGACGCAUACUCUGGUGCACUUUUGCUAUUGUGUCGUUGUGGGGAAUAGCCUUUGUUAUUCUGGCCAUGCAGGUCUGCACUCCCAUCUCAUACAUGUGGACGCAGUGGGAUGGCGAACACAAGGGCAAGUGCGUGAACGAUGCCGCAUAUGUUUGGACCAACGCGGCCACCAACAUUGCCCUGGACGUUUGGAUCCUGGCCGUGCCACUCUGGGAGCUCCGCCACUUGCAGCUACACUGGAAGAAGAAGAUUGGAGUAGCUCUCAUGUUUUCCCUCGGCGCCUUUCAGGAUCUGGCCUACCCUGUCCGGGUCAACCACGAGGCGGAGCGAUCCCUGGUACCGGACCGGUAA